AUGAUUCCGUGGCUGGGUAUCGCUCUCCUUUGGUUCAUCCUGUAUCCUGUAGCUGCAAUCAUUAUAAUCGUGCUCGUGUGUGUCUAUGUCCAAGAAGGUAUCGUCAUCACCUUUGUCAUCGUCGUCGUCGUCCUUGCCCUUAUCAUUGGUCACUCUCUUGGAAUCUACUUCUUUCUUGUCAUCUACUCCUACUUCAAGGAACUUGAGAAUGCAGUCUCGCCUGAAGGAGCCGUGCGUCUCCAGGAAGACUAAAAAGCAAAUGGAUUUCGAAGAAUCCCACCCAACUUCACCAUCAGACCAAUACUGAACUUCAUUACCCAGAUAUUUCCAUUUUUUAUCUUCUAUCCAAGGAGUUGACAGGGG